GCAAUACUGAUUGGUAAAUUUAGGGCGGCGGGUCAAAUAGCGGUACAUAGGCGUUCAGAUUUGUUUACUUAAGUAUUUUAAAAACAUUUCAGAUUAUUUGAGUUUGGUUGACUUCUGUGUUAGGAUGAAGAGAUCUAUUUCAAAAACCAGCACAGAUUCCACAAAAAUCAAAGAAAAAGUGACAGCUAAUCGAGAUAGGUGUGACAGUGCUGCAGACCCAGUGAGGGAAGAAUGUGGCGGAAGUGUUGCCAACUUGACCAAUACGUGGGUGUUGCUGGUGCUGGUUGUAAGCACAUGCCUGAUGGCAGUGAACGUGUACGAGUUGCAACACAUUAAGGCCCACCAAAUCUCCGUGCAUGAUUUGAUGGCCUCUGUCGAAAGGAAGGAGGUGCCAGAAUUCGCAGAGCGGAAGCCAUCCUUUGUUGUUUAUGGGAAGAGCCCAGAAACCGGACACCUGAAGCACGUAUUUGCCGUCCUCGAGCGCCUGGGAUUCCAGCAAAAAGGGAAUGACUCCUCCGACUGGGACUUGAUGUGGGCCCACGACUACCCGUUCAGGUCCCUGUACGCUGAGCUCAGUCACCUCAAGCCUCAUCAGAAGGUUAAUCAUUUUCCUGGCUGUGGUUACAUUACCAACAAGGUGGAUCUUGCAACAUCCAACUUGCCAUACGUCCCACGCGCAUUCAGAAUCCCAGAUGAAAAAGAAAAAUUGGCAGAAUACGCCCGCUCACGUCCCCGCGCCAUGUUCAUCCAGAAGAGCAACAGCCACCGCGGCAUCCGCAUACGAGAGCUCCCGAAGCUAGACCUGGAGAGCUCCGGCACGUUCGUGCAGGAGUUCGUGGGAAAUCCUCUGCUCGUGGAUGGCUACAAGUUUGACAUCGGCCUGUACACCGUACUGACGUCAAUAGAUCCGUUGCGGGUAUACGUCUACAAUGGAGAGGUGCUCUUCAGAUUUUGUCCAGUGAAGUACCAUCCUUUUGACCCGGAAGUACUGGACAAGUAUGUCGUUGGGGAUGACUACCUCCCCGUGUGGCAAGUGCCGUCAUUGCAGAAGUACUAUGUGGACCUUGGGUACUCAAUGAAAGAAUCUUUCAAUGCCUACGUCAGGAGUAAAGGUCGGGACCCGACCAGAGUGUGGGAGCAGGUGGAGGAGGCCAUCCGGCUGGCGUACCUGAAGAAAGAGCCCCUGCUGAUUGAGGCCGCGGCACGCUACCAGUCGCCCAGGAAUUUCUUUGAAAUGGUCCGGUUUGAUUUUGUCGUGGACGAAGACCUCAACGUCUACAUGAUGGAGGCCAACAUGUCUCCUAACUUGUCGUCGGCCCACUUCCCCCCGAACAGGCUGCUGUACGAGCAGGUGCUGUUCAACUUGUUCGCCCUGGUGGGCGUCGGCCGCCGUUUGCACGCGCCAUCGCUGGAAACUAGGGACCGGGAGGAGGCGCUGAUGCAGGUCGCGGAGAAGAACGUAGCCGUGUCGGCGCCACUGUGCAGCGAGGCGCGCUGUGAGGCCUGCCUCGCGCCGGAGUGUGCGCCGUGCCGACCGUGCCUCUCCUCGGAGGCAGCGGGCAACCUCAGGCUCGCCUACCUGGAGCACGUCAACAGGAUGGACUGCAAGAGGGUGUUCCCCCCGGCCAUGUCGCAAACUACAAACAUCACGAGUGACCUUCAAGGUCUUUCUCCAGCCAACCAGAUGGUGUAUCGUUGGUUCUGGGGGAAGUGUGAACAAGACAAGUCGUGGUGCAGCUGAAAAUGGUCUUCGUCAGCAAGGUUUGUUGAUCCGGCUGACUGUCUGCUAGACCUGUGCGAAUGCUAGUUUAUUGAUGCGAAGCAAAUUUCAGAUUGAAUGUUUAAAAUAUUAGCUGAGUCAAAUCGAAUAGCGAAUACUGUUCUUGACAAGCUGGAUUACACUUAUUUUAUAAAAUACAAUAUUGAAGUAAAAAAAAUAUCAUUAAACAUUUGUAAUGUUAAAACUGAUUAAGUGAAAGCAAUUGGGACCUAUAUAUAACACCAUUUGAUAUCAUUAUAAAAUAAUCAUGCAUAAUAUUAAUAUUGAGCAGUUAUAAAAGCAAAUGGUGCACUUUUUUUUUGCAAUCAACUUUAUUCUAACAAAAAUAAACAAAAGAAAAAGCUAAAUAUUUUCAUGAGCAAAUCUGAGACUUCUAACGAUUUAAAGCUUUGCAACAAAUGCGAAACUUCACAUAAGAUGCGAAGCUUUGCAUCAUAACGAAGCUUCAAAUAAAAGGAAUAACAAAUUUUCUGGCAAAGUCAAAUCUAAUAUUAAAGAGAAUUAAGAUUGAUUCGCAUAGUCGAAGCUUCGCAUAGGCGUACCGUCUGCAAAAUAUCUUUUAUACUUUUUUUAGUACUCUGUGGUGAGCAUUGUAUCAAAACUGCCUCUAAGUUUGAGCCGAAACAGCGGUUUGCUGUACAGUCAGUCUUUCUCGGUUGGUUUGCAUAAUCAGUUGUUUUUUUUAUAUAGAACCAGAAAAUGUUUGUGUAACAUAACACCAUGGCAUUGUAAAUGGAGGGACUUUAUAUUAAUUGGAACCAAAAAUAAACUGUGGAAAAAAUUAAGUUAUUUUUUAGCUAGGUUUUUUCUGAUAGUUGCUUUAAUUAUUAUUAAAUAAAAACUGUUCACUGUUUUUUAUGAUGUUUGCACCAUCAACUUGGAUAAGUUUUGUGUACUUUAGCUGUGUGGUUAGUAUUCAUAUCCAUGUUUGGAAAAAAAAGGGGGUAAACACGUUUAUCGCUCAUAUUGUCACUAAUCAGUUAAAUUUAGUUCAAAAAAUACAUUUUUUUUUAAAUUGUUACUCAUACUAGAAUGUAGACUGUCAAAUCUACAAUAUGUAUGAUGUAUGAUAAGAUGAUAGUAUAUUUACAUAAAAUUUCCCAGAACACGCAGUAACUGUGUUCAGUGUGUUGUAAGUUGUUUUAAUUAUUUUUUAUUUUAAGAAUUUUUGGUAAGAUUGUUUGUGAUUGUGAUGCAUAAAAUAAAAAUAACACAUGAUGAUAUGAUGUUGAAAAGACUUAACUGUAUCUCAUUGGUGGACUUGGUGUUUCGUUGUUCUUUUAUAUUUUAUAUUUUAUUUGCAAUACACAUUGUGACUGUUAAUGUUAAAUUAUACGUAAUAUUUAUUGUACUAAUUUUAUUUCAAUCUCAUCAUUUGUUGUUUGAUGUAGUAGAUUUUUAUUAUGGUUGUGUGAAAUAUUGUUAUAAAAUUAAAGUAACCAGUGUUUAUUUUUUUUA